UUAGAACUUGUUGGUAAUAGCAUGCACACUGCUUCUUUGCUGUUUGAAGCAAAGAGAGAGAAGAAAGAAGAGAAAGUGCUUUGAGAAUUGUAUAGAAAAAACAAAAGAAUGAAAGAAUCACUGUAUCAGAGUGUGAUGUGAUCAUGAGUGGUUUCACUCAAAGGUUUUUUUCUUUUUUGAAUUAUUAAAAAAAACCACUCAUCAUUCUUUGAUACGCGUGCUUUGUUUUUUCAUCAAAGUUUUUUUUUUUGUUUUUGAAAUAAACAUCUUCUUAGGACUUUGACCUUUUUUUAGCAGUUUUUGUUCCUUUGUUCAUGUUUGUUGGAUUCUUAUGUUUUUUUACGGACAAGAACAAAAUGAGAUUCUCAUGUUAAGAAUAAUUAUAUUCAUCUUCAAAAUGGACCCUUGUUUUGUACCUUUAAGUCAAUAAAACAAAAUGGGGUGGUGGUGAUUGAUUAUUUGGUGAAGGAUAUUGCUUCAAGUUUGUUCCUUUUUUGAGGUUUGAACAAGUUUUAGAAAAUGGUUUCCUUAGAAGAAAAGGUUAAAACUGUUGGAGUUGGAGUUGGAGGAGGACUUGUUGCUGAGAUGAAAUUGCUUAAGGAAAUGCAAGAACAUUGUGGGGUGAGAAAGAGUUUGAAUUCUGAGCUAUGGCAUGCUUGUGCUGGUCCUCUUGUGUCUUUACCUCAUGUAGGAGGUCUUGUUUAUUAUUUUCCUCAAGGACAUAGUGAACAGGUUGCAGCUUCUACUAGAAGAACAGCAACUUCACAGAUUCCAAACUAUCCUAAUCUUCCUUCUCAGUUGUUGUGUCAAGUUCAAAAUGUCACACUACAUGCUGAUAAGGAGACAGAUGAAAUCUAUGCUCAAAUGACUCUUCAACCAUUGAAUUCUGAAAAAGAAGUGUUUCCUAUAUCUGAGUUUGGAUUGAACCAAAGUAAACAUCCAACUGAGUUUUUCUGCAAAACUUUGACUGCUAGUGAUACAAGCACGCAUGGUGGUUUUUCGGUUCCGCGCAGAGCUGCUGAGAAGCUAUUUCCUCCAUUGGAUUACACAAUUCAACCUCCAACUCAAGAACUUGUUGUUCGAGAUUUGCAUGAUAAUACAUGGACGUUUCGACAUAUAUAUCGAGGUCAGCCGAAGAGACACCUUCUGACAACAGGAUGGAGUUUGUUUGUCGGCUCAAAAAGGCUUAGAGCCGGUGAUUCUGUUCUUUUUAUCAGGGAUGAGAAAUCACAAUUGCGAGUUGGUGUAAGGCGUGCUAAUCGUCAACAGACAACGACAUUGCCUUCAUCAGUACUUUCUGCCGAUAGCAUGCACAUUGGCGUCCUUGCUGCUGCUGCUCAUGCUGCUGCUAAUCGAAGUCCAUUCACGAUUUUCUACAAUCCAAGGGCAUGUCCUUCAGAUUUUGUUAUUCCACUGGCGAAAUACCGAAAAGCUGUUUAUGGGACUCAGCUCUCGGUUGGUAUGAGAUUUGGUAUGAUGUUUGAGACCGAGGAAUCGGGUAAGCGCAGAUAUAUGGGAACGAUUGUUGGUAUCAGUGACGUCGAUCCACUAAGGUGGCCUGGUUCUAAGUGGCGAAAUGUUCUAGCCGAAUGGGACGAGCCAGGGUGUGGUGAUAAGCAAAAUAGAGUUAAUGUAUGGGAGAUCGAAACUCCCGAAAGCCUUUUUAUCUUUCCAUCUAUGACUUCGAGCCUAAAACGGCCGUUACAACCCGGUUUUUCGGAAAAUGAAUGGGGAACUUUGUUAAGAAGACCUUUUAUUAAAGCACCCGAAAACGGAACAAUGGAUCUCUCGAACUCGAUGUCGAAUCUCUACCAAGAAAACAUGAUGAAGAUGAUGUAUAAACCACAAGUUAUCAGCAACAAUGGGACAUUUUUACCUGUCAUGCAACAAGAAUAUGCUCCUAUAAGAGUUCCUUUGCAAGAUAUGAAGUCUUCGCAUGCGAUGGAGAAUCCGAAAGUUCAUCUUUCAACCACAGAGAGCAUACCUAAUAAUACCUUAAACAUGCAUUCAUUGCUGAGAAGUGAUCAACCUGAAAAAUUUAACCCUUUGACCAAAACCGAGAAGAUGAAAAUAGAAUCCGAGUCGUUGCCUGAUCAAAUUUUUGACUUCCCUUCUUUCGAAGCCUGCAACAACAUUGAAAAAGCGAAUGCGGCGAAUCCUGUUAAUCCUCAAAGCCUUGCAAACCAAUCAACAUAUCAUAAUCAAAAUCCAUUAUUAUUCGCUCAAACUAGUCCGUGGCCUAUUCAGCAGCAGCCUCAGUUAGAUUCGUCGAUGUUGCAUCCUCAACUGAUUGAUAUGGUCCAGCCCGAUUCUUCCGUUGUAAACGGCAUGCUUCCUCAGAUAGACAUCGAUGAAUGGAUGAUGUAUUCUUCUUGCCAACCUCAAGUAGCGAAUCCGUCUAUACCUUCAAUGAACCAAGAAGUUUGGGAUCAUUAUGUCAAGAAUUUUAACAUGAAGGAUCUUUCCGAUGAAAGCAAUAACCAAAGUGAAAUUUGCGUCAAUGUCGACGUUAGUAAUAGUGUGAAUACCACUAUGGUCGAUCCUUCUUCCACUUCGAACACAAUUUUCGACGACUUUUGCACAAUGAAGGAUAAAGAUUUUCAGCAUCCUCAAGAUUGUAUGGUCGGAAACUUAAGUUCUAGUCAAGAUGGGCAAUCUCAGAUAACAUCCGCAAGCCUAGCCGAGUCGCAUGCCUUUUCACUACGAGACAACUCGGGCGGUACCUCUUCAAGUCAUGUUGAUUUUGAUGAAAGUAGCUUUCUACAGAACAAUAACUCGUGGAAGCAAGUAGCCGCCCCGAUCCGAACCUACACAAAGGUGCAAAAAGCAGGUUCGGUUGGAAGAUCGAUCGAUGUAACUACAUUCAAGAACUAUCAAGAGCUGAUUUGCGCAAUUGAAUGCAUGUUUGGACUAGACGGUUUGCUGAAUGACACGAAAGGUUCGGGAUGGAAACUAGUAUACGUAGAUUAUGAGAGUGAUGUUCUACUUGUUGGAGAUGAUCCUUGGGAGGAAUUUGUGGGGUGUGUUAGGUGUAUAAGAAUAUUAUCACCUACAGAAGUUGAACAGAUGAGUGAAGAAGGGAUGAAGCUUUUAAACAGUGGAGCAUUGCUAUGAUUUGAAUAUGUUUGUAAUAUGUAUGAACUAAGAUGACAGUUAUUUAGGAUUUUGGAGCAUUAGUAAUGGUAGUUAUGGACCAAACAAACCUUUAGUUUAUGACACAACAAAAAUUAUGAGAUGUUGAAUGAAUCAAAAGGUUACAUUAUAUACCUUAACUUGUAAUGUAUUCUUGAAAGUAAGUAGAAAUAUUAUGCAUUAUGUUUUAUUAA